AUGAAUUUAGCGAGCGUUUUGUGCGUAAGAGAUACCCUACCAAACGGACUCGCGGCGCAAAACUAUGUCAAGAAUGACGACAUAAUCGUUCAACUAAACGGCCACUCAACAGUCAACAUGUCCGAACGAUGGGCAGUCAAUGAAAUUUCCAAGUCCUCGCGCUUGGUCCUAACAAUCGAUCGACAAAACGAAUUAGCGCCGGUUAACCUGGAAUUGACGAGAAAUCCGGGGCAAGGAUUUGGCUUCAGUCUUGGCAAUCGUAUUUUUAUCGAUGCUAUCAAGGAAGACUCAAUUGCUGGCAGAUAUUUGGAAGUUUACGACAUUAUUUUGCAAGUGGACGAAUUGGACUGCACUAACAAGCCGCUCAACCAAGUCAAGCAGCGCGUCGCGAAUGAUCAGAACAGAACUCUUAUCCUCACAGUCGAAAAGGGCUUCCAGGGACCCCCAACAACAAUCCGCUCUGGCAGCCCAGCAAACUACCUCAUCCCGAACUCUUCCUUCAACACAACCACUCUUCGCUAA